UUUUUCCUAGUGCUAUGGUGAAGAGGCUUUUCAGGUAAAAAUAAAAAAUAAAAAUGGCUGACUUACCUCAGUAUGACUUUAAUGAAAAGCCAUCUUCUUCAUCAUCAUCCAAUAAGAUGCCAUUGUUUACACUAUUGGCAAGGGUGGUAACCUUAGCCUCUUGUGUAAUUUCAUUAAUUGUGUUGCAGAAUAAUGAAAUUACUUGGAUGUACAAUGGUAUGGAAGGUGGGAGAUUUAACUACGAGGGUUACAGUUCUUACAGGUACAUGUUUGGUGUACUGGUAGCAGGAAUUGUUUACACUAUAUUGCAUAUUCCCUUUGCAGCAUAUCACCUGGUAGCAAAGAAACGUCUCGUAGACCACCAGGGCUUUCGCAUGUUUGAAUUUUUUGGUGACAAGAUUAUAUUAGCGGGAUUGGCAACUGGAGCUGGAGCAGCACUAGGUGCAACAGUGGAAUUAUCAAAAGCUCAAUUCCCAGACUAUUUUUCAAAACAGAUGCAUAACUUCUUGUCGGUGAUGUAUGCCCCUAGUCCACUUCAUGUAGCUGCAUUUGUUAGCUCUGGAAUUUCGUCUGUCCUCUCAUCUUCGAAUCUCCACAAGACUGAUGAAGACUAAAAACAAGUAGAUGAUCUUUUCACGACAAAUUAAAGAAAUUCAAAAUAUUGUACCCAAAUUUUGGGGUGUUGUAUGUUACUCUUAAUUUGUUGUCUGGAUAUCUUCAUAUCUUAGGUUUACUAGUGAAAUUAGUUAGUAAUUUUUGUGGAGAAUAUCAACUCAGCUUUAUGUGGUCUGUAAGUUGGAAGAUUUUAGUUUAUGUUUCUUUGUACUACUGGUCGAGAUUCAAAUUCUCAUAUGCAAUAUAUGUCAUAGAUUCUCAUGGUCCUUGUGUUAUGGAUCUUAUGGUCAUGGGCCUCACGGUCAUAGCCCAAACCCAUGUCAUGUAUUAUC